AUGCCACGGCCACUUCUGGCGGGCUGCUCACAUUCCCGAGGCCUGAAAGAAGAAGAAGAGGAAAUCCAGCCCUGUUACCACCACCACAUACCACCUCCUCCAGACCACAUCAAGGGUCACAUCAGCUCUGGAGACAAUCAGAUGAAAAAUUCAAAUGACCCGCCCACAUUUUCUUUGAAAGGGAUGGGUAAAAACAAGAACCGUGGUCCAGGACGACAGCAUGAAGUGAAAAAUAGAAAUUACAGAAAGAAAAUGGCGAGGCAGAACCUUGGGCUUGAAGUAGUGUCUUUGUCUCCAGAACCACUGGGCUUGGAGUUUCAAGAGCCAUUAUACAAGGAGGCAACCGUUUCUGAUCAUUUGUCAGAUGACGAUGACGACUGGAGAGAAAGAUACCCGCCAUCUGCUUAUGACAAAGUGCAUCUGUCGAGGAUUGCCAGCAUGGCUCAGUGUGAUCCAUACAAUUACAACACAACUAGUCUUUCGGGGAUAGAGGCCUUCUCUUCAUGGGGGUUCAGUGACAACGAGACGUGUAUUGGGUGCCCUUCUCAUACCAAGACAGAUGAAAGCUACGUUGCCCAUGAAGAACCCAUAGAAAAUAUGGACUACAUGUCUCGGCAGCUGAGCUACCAAGAGCUUAGGGAGGAAAAUUCCAUGCUGAGGAGGAAGAUCAGGAGGAUCCAAAACUUCUCAGAGAGUCAGACCCAAAUGGUAAGGAACCUGGAGAGGACACUGCAAGCCACGGUGAAUAAAGAGGAGAAAGAUGCUCAGGAUCUGGAAGCUCUGGUGCAACAGGCAGAACAAAAUCUCCAGUGCAUGACUCAAAGAGCCCUGAAGGCGGAGAGUGAUGUUGAGAAGAUGAAGCAGGAGAUGUGCUUCCUCCAGGCUGAGCUGACCUGUUACAAAGUGGAGAACGAAAACCUGCGAUCAGGCCAGACUACCAACAUGGGAGCAGUGAAACAGCAUGUUGACAUUGCCUUGCAGAACCUCCUCAGGGUCACCAACCAUGCACACGCCACCAUCCACCAGCUCGUCUUUGGAGCUGAGACGUUGACGCUUGUUGCUGACCUCCUUAAAUCUGUAGGCAGGAUGUCUGAAGUUGAAGAGGAAGUGAUAAAAGAAACUUAG